AUGCAAGAAGUCACCACCAACCAAAACUUCCUGGCACCCCUCAGUCUAGAUAUCAAGCCUGAGAUCUGGAAGGUGCAAAAACUGAAGAAGGAGCAGAUCAAGACCCUCAACAACAAAUGUACCUCCUUUGUUGACAGCAGAUAUGAGGAGGAAAUCAGCUCAUGUCUGGCUGCAGAGGAUGGGUCUGUGGUGCUGAAGGAUAUUCUUCCUUGGAUCCCUUCUCAGGUCCAUGUUAAUACCAGCCUGCUGAGGCCAGUACAUGUACAAAUUGACCCUGAGUUCCAGAGAGCACGGUCGGAUGAGAAAGAGCAGAUUAAGACUCUCAACAACAAAUUUGCAUCCUUCAUUGAUAAGGUUCAGUGCCUUGAGCGACAGAACCAGGCUCUAAUGACCAAAUGGGAACUUCUGCAGCAACAAUGUACCCAGCCAGAGGAAAGCAGAAGUAUCGCCUCUUUAUUCCGGUCUUACAUCAGCAACCUGCAGAGGCAGUUAGAAACUCUCCAGAACCAAAAGGAGCAGCUGGAUCCAGAAGCAUACAAUAUGCUUCGGCUUGUUGAAGAUUAUAAGAAGAGAUUCGAGGAUGAAAUCAACAAGCACAUGUGUAAAGAGGAGGAGUUUGUGGAGCUCAAAAAGGAACUGGACAGUACCUACAUGGGAAAAACAGAGUUUGAUGUGCGGGUGGAAAUACUGAAGCAGGAGCUUGAGUUUCUCAGAUGCUUACAUGAGGCAGAGUUGUCUCAGCUGCAAACAGUAGUUGGCAACAUUGAUGUCAUUCUGUCCACGGACAACCACAGAGAACUGAACAUGGAUGGCAUCAUUGAAGAAAUCAGACGGGAGUAUGACGGAAUUGCUCGGAGGAGCAAAGCUGAAGUGGAUGCCAUGUAUCAGGGCAGGUACCAGGACCUUCAGAACAUGUGGGUAAAUCACCGUGAGCAGCUGAGAAACACUUAUCAGGAAAUCCAGGAACUGACCAGGCACAUCCAAAGACUACGGCCAGAAAUUGAAAUUGUAAGGAAAAAGAAUACCAGCCUCCAAGAAGCAAUUAAGGAUGCUGACCAGCGUGGGAAUUCUGCCAUCAAAGAUGGCCAGGAAAAGCUUCAGGACUUGGAGCAUGCCUUGCAGCAGGCCAAAGAUGAGCUAGCUCGCCUUCUUCAUGACUACCAGGAGCUCCUGAAUGUGAAAUUGGCCCUGGAUGUUGAAAUUGCCAUGUGCAGGUCACUACUUGAGGAGGAGGAGACAAGGAUACAGCAAGGCUCACCAACAAGAAUCUCGGUAGCAGCAGCUCUGGAAGGAGGGGGUCAUCCUCUGGAGGUGGAGGAGGAAGCUCAAGUGGUGGUGGUUCUGGCUUUGGAGGAGGAGGAGGCUACGGGUCUGAGAGUGGAGGCUAUGGGUCUGUUGGAGGAGGAAGCUCUGGUGGUGGGGGCUCCAGCUCUGGCAGUGGAGGAUCCACCUCUGGAGGGGGAGGCUAUGGGUCUGUUGGAGGAGGAAGCUCUGGAGGAGGAGGAGGGGGAUAUGGGUCUGGAAGUGGCAGGUGCAGUCCUCACAGUGGGGGUCUGA